GAACUUGCUGAGAUGCUCGGAGUCCACAGAAACACACUACGACUAUAUAUGAAGCACCAUGGAGUUGAACGAAAAUACUCCGAACUCACCAAUACUGACCUGGAUCUUCUCGUCACUGAGUUCAAGAAAAACAAACCCGAUUCAGGUAUCAGGUACAUUGUUGGAUUUCUCCGCAGACAUGGCCUACGAGUGCAGUAUCGA